GGGAGGAGGGGUGACGCGUCGGGCGCUCAGUGGCCACCGGCCGCAGUUUCCCUUUCGGGCUUGGGAGGGAGCUCGCUGCGCUGCGCGCUUCACCCACACCCUCGGGCCCCAGUACGAUCAAUCAACCAAAGAAAAGAAGCACAUUGGGGUCCGUCGGCGACGCAGGCAGCGGCGGACCGGGCACCGGCGCGGCGGCGAUCCAUGGACAUGGGCGAGCUCUUCAACCCAGGCUGCGGCGGGGCGGGCGGCGCCGGCUGCGACUGCGGUGACUGCGAGGAGUGGAGGCGCUACUGCUACUGGAACCACGACCACGGCACCAAGCAGUUCCUCCUCUUCGCCUCCGACGACAAAGAUCAUCUGUGCAUACCGUGGGAGGUCUCAAGCCAGCUGAGAGAUAUGAUCCCCGACUCCGAGCCUAUCAAACUUGAAACUCCUGAUGGUCGCACGUACAGUGUUAAAUUCUUCAAGUUCGGCCGGAUAACUCUUACGACUGGGUGGCGGGGCUUUGUGGAUGCAAAUCACAUAGAAGAGAACAACCCCAUGUUGUUCGUGUACCGUGGGAAUUCAACCUUUAAGGUUCAAAUAUUCAAUUCAUCCGGCCGCGACAAGUUUUUGCCCUGUUCUCAACCACCUUGCAAUCAUCAUGUGCUGAAUGAACAAGUGGUGCCUCAUCCUGGACAUGUUGAUAGCUCAGCCCACUUUGGCUAUACCAUGUUGCCCGGGAGCUUUGUAACCAAAGCACAAGAUGAUAAAUUGCUAGAAUGGGCUAAUACCAUCAAGUCUGAAUUUCCUCUUUUUGUGGCAGCCAUGGACGAGAGCAAUGUCAGCUUGAGCGACUGCCAUGUUUACAUACCACUGAGUCUUGUGGGCCAGUUCAAAGAGGAGGUUGUCAAGAUUGUAGCCCUUGACAAGAGUAUAUACGUUGUUGGAGCAAAGAAGCACAAUGAGGAUCAAAUCGUACUCCAAUCUGGGUGGCAUAGGUUUGUGGCUUCUCAGUGCAUACAACAGAAUGACUUCCUCAUUUUCAUAAUUGAGGGGGAAGCUCGCCUCAAAGUUCUUGUCCUUGACCCAAGCGGUAGUGAGAAAACUUUUGCCAUGGGAAACUCUUCCAAUGCCCAAGAAAAGCCACCACUCCCACCUACAGUUACUAACCAGAGUUCUGAGGACAAUGAACUUACUGACCAGAGUUCUGACAAUGAACUUACUGACCUGAGUUCUGACAAUGAACUUACUGACCUGAGUUCUGAUUAUGAAGUCCUGGGAAAAGACACUACAACGUCAAGGAGGGAGCAGAGGCCGCUACGAAGCUGUCGUGCAAAAGCUGAGAAGAUGGGUUCAACAUCCUGCCCUUCUACUAAAUCAGAUCAUAGACACAAAGCUGGCAACUCGAAUGAAGCCGGUAUAGAAGCUCCUAUGCCCAACAAGUCCUACAUAGUGCCCCAAGCAGGGGCGACGAAGCUAACUGUGCAACAGGAGGAGAAAGUUAAGGAGAAGGUCCGGGCGAUUGGAUCUGAAUUCCCUGUCUUUGUGAAGGUGAUGACGGCAUACGAUGUUUCGAAGAUGGCACAUCUGGCCUUCUGCAUGGAGUAUGCUUCGGCGUGUCGUCUCCCGCUCGAACAAACACCUCUCCUACUUAGGCUGGAGGGUAGCAAUAUGCGGUGGAGUAGCGCGCUGAUGAUCCAGCAAAAUAAUAAUGUGAGGCGGAUUUGCUCAUUCUGGCAGGACAUUGUCUCGCAAGCCGGGACGAAGGAGGGAGACAUCCUCCUCGUCGAACUGGCAGGCAGGAGCAGCAGGAGGCUCAGGAUGACGGUCCAUCUGAUCCGCAAGUCGGAAUGCAGCUCUAGCUCUUGCUCUCAAGCAUCUAGUUAGUGGUCUCUUUGUGUGUGGUCUCAAGAAUGAUGGAUUUUAACUCAGCUGGUGUAUGGAUUGCUUCAUGAUUAUUCUGAACAACCUGCAAGUCUCUAGUGUGUAAUAGGAAACACUGAAUCCUUGACCCACCUGUCCUAGUGCUGCUGCUGAUUAUUAUUA